UGUGGAUCCGCCCGGAAGUGCCGCCAUUUUGGAUCCUCUGCGCGUAGAGAGAAGGCGAGAGGAGCGUGUGACCCGGAGACUGCGUGUGGCACCGUCGUGAAUAUUGGGAUCUCCGGGCCACUGCUUGUCAUUUGAAGAAACAGAGAACGUUAAUGGGGGCUAAUUAGACAGACCAUGGCUUCAUUUAAGCUUGAUUUCCUGCCCGAGAUGAUGGUGGAUCAUUGCUCUCUGAAUUCCAGUCCUGUAUCAAAGAAGAUGAACGGCACCAUGGAUCAUCCAGACCAUCCGGAUCCAGACUCCAUCAAGAUGUUCGUGGGACAGAUUCCUCGCAGCUGGUCCGAGAAGGAGUUGAGGGAGCUGUUUGAGCAGUACGGUGCCGUGUAUGAAAUUAAUGUACUGCGAGACCGAAGCCAGAACCCUCCGCAGAGUAAAGGGUGCUGCUUUAUUACUUUCUAUACACGUAAGGCUGCAUUAGAAGCACAGAAUGCAUUGCACAAUAUGAAGAUUCUCCCUGGGAUGCAUCAUCCGAUACAGAUGAAGCCGGCUGACAGUGAGAAGAAUAACGGUAUGUCACCUAGUUCUCGGAAAGACGUCCCUGGGCUUUUCAUACAUUCAGGCCAAUUAAAGUGUCAGCCACACUUUAGUUACUCUUCCUUCCUGUGUGAAGCCAACUCUGUUGAAGACAGAAAGUUGUUUAUUGGCAUGGUCUCCAAGAAGUGUAAUGAGAACGAUAUCCGGGUCUUGUUCUCUCAGUUUGGGCAGAUAGAGGAAUCCAGAAUUCUGCGGGGACCUGAUGGAUUGAGCAGAGGCUGUGCAUUCAUCACAUUUACCACCAGAUCUAUGGCACAGAAUGCAAUCAAAGCCAUGCACCAAGCACAAACCAUGGAGGGUUGUUCCUCCCCAAUCGUUGUCAAGUUUGCAGACACCCAGAAAGACAAAGAACAGAAACGAAUGACACAACAACUCCAGCAACAGAUGCAGCAGAUUAAUGCAGCCUCUGUGUGGGGGAACCUUGCCGGGCUCAACAGUCUAGCACCACAAUACUUAGCACUUUAUUUGCAGCUCCUCCAGCAGACAGCCUCCUCCAGCAACCUCAACUCCCUAGGUGGCCUCCAUACCAUGGGAGGUGAGUACUCCAUGGGGAGAACAUCAGGACUCAGUGCCAUGCAGAUACAGAACUUGGCAGCUCUAGCAGCAGCUGCCAGCGUUACACAGAACCCAACAAGCGCAGGCUCGGCACUCACUACAUCCAGCAGUCCCCUCAGCAUCUUGACCAGUUCUGGUUCAUCCCCUAGUUCAAAUAACAGUUCAUCAGUCAACCCCAUGGCAUCUCUCGGAGCUCUGCAGACCUUAGCCGGAGCCACUGGAGGGCUCAAUGUUAGUUCUUUAGCAGGUAUGGCUGCUUUAAAUGGCGGUCUGGGCGGCAGCGGUCUCUCAAACGGCACUGGCAGCACAAUGGAAGCCCUGAGCCAAGCUUACUCUGGAAUCCAGCAGUAUGCAGCAGCGGCAUUGCCCUCACUCUACAACCAGAGCCUGUUAUCGCAGCAGGGCCUGGUUGCUGCAGGCAGUCAAAAGGAAGGCCCAGAGGGAGCAAACCUCUUUAUAUACCACUUGCCACAGGAGUUCGGUGACCAAGACAUCCUGCAGAUGUUCAUGCCAUUUGGAAAUGUUGUGUCUGCCAAAGUUUUCAUUGACAAACAAACGAACCUCAGCAAAUGUUUUGGUUUCGUAAGCUAUGACAAUCCAGUUUCCGCUCAGGCUGCUAUCCAGUCCAUGAACGGCUUUCAGAUCGGAAUGAAACGUCUAAAAGUUCAACUAAAGCGCUCCAAGAACGACAGCAAACCCUACUGAACUGUACUGCCCUGGGAAGUGAGCGAAAAGGAUGUUCUGGUAAGUGUGGGAUGGAAAGGCCAAGACCAGGAUGUGUAACUGGAGGAGAGCACUUAGUGAGAACACAGACUAUGCUGUCUUUUUAGCAGCCCCAAAUCAUCUACAUGUGCUUAAAGCCAGAAGCCUCUUUCCCUUCUAAAGACUCUGGGUACAAUUUUUUUUUUUUUUUUGUGAAUUUUUUGCUUCAUAUGGAAGAACAGCUUGUACUAUUUGUUCCAAGUGUUUCAUUUUGGAGUUUAGGUGCCAUAUCAGUGAUUUUUAUUCUUAUUAUUCUGAUUAAUAUUAUUUGGACUUUUGCUGUGUUUUGUACAAAUGUGUGUGAACGUCCCAACACCAGAACCCCUGGGAAAAGAGAACGAGCGGCUUGUUUUCUGCCACUGAACAGCCUCAGAAAACGAUCUGUCUGCUCACUGCUCCACUUGCCAUUUCUCUGCGACUAUCCACAAUCACCGUAGGGUGCUGUUAGUUUUUAGAUUGCAAGUACAACUAGGGCCGCCAUGUCACCCAGUUGAGACGGUUAUUUUCAGCCCAUUGAAUGACACGGGACGGGUCUCCUGAAAGACCUGUUGCAGAUCGUUCACUUGCUGCAUAUUGCUCAUGCUGGAGCAAUCCAGCAUGUCUGUGUAAUGACUGCAGUGCAGAGUUGUAACAUACAUGCAAUACGAUAACUUUUUAUUUUUUUAAAGGCCUGUUUUUUGUUUUUACUUGGCUAUACAGGUUAACUGGUAAGGGUUGUUUUUAUUGUUGUUUUUAUUUUUUGCCAUGGAUGGCAAGCGGGGCAUAGCGUUAACAGUGUGACGAGCUGCUCCUCUCGGAAGUUGGUGGACUGGCGUCCGGUGUUGUGUGGUAGAAUAGAACGAGUAUUUCAUGUGCCUGUGUGUGUAUGUACCAGAGUGCAUACCUACAUGCAUGUAUCGUGACGUACACGACAAAGAUGAACUGCUAAAACUUGAAUAAUGUAUACUCAGAGAAAAAAAAACGUGUUUUCAAAAAGUUUUUGAUUUGGUAUAAUGUGAAUCAUAUAGAGGCUUCCAGGCUCCUGAUAUAAACUUUUUAUAAGAGUGUAUAAAAAAAACAAACUCAAAACCGAAAGACAAUUGAAGGAAAACACAGCCUGUUAGAAUGUCAUUUCUAUUUUUAUAGAGGUUUUAUACAGCUCGGACGAGUGAGCAAUAUUUAUUGCCUAAAUUAUUUCACUGGGAAAAGAUUUUGUAGAAUUCGGAAGAUGGCAACUUUUAUUUUGUGUUUUUUAUACAGAUUAUUCUGCAUCGUGUUUUCGUAGGCGACAUGCGAUAGGGGGGGGGGGGGACAUGUAAAGGAUGCCUGGCCAAUGCACCAGUCCGGGAUAUAAAUGUGAAAACAGGGUCUAUUCAUGAAUUUUUUUUUUAUUUGUCAGUAUUUUUAACUAUUUUUGCUCAAAAAGUUUACGGAUUACUCCCGCGGUCACUCGGCUCUGGUUUUCAAUGGCUCCUGCCUACAUGACUUUGCCUAAUGGCCUUUCCUUGUAAUGGGCAACCACAAAGAUAAAAUGGUGUAAAACAGCAAGACAGGCCAGGGCUUAGAUUAAAUCUCCUUACCUACUUAGCAUGUUUUUCUGCUAAUUGCAGGAGGGCUUGAAUGGGGCGGUUUUGCUUUUCCUGACUCAGUUCUCCUUGGGAGGGGGAAUUAAAUAGCAGUGGUUUUCGUUUAUAGUAUUGAUGUCUUAAUGGUAUAUCUAUUUGGCAUUAAGGGUCCAUUCAGACGUCCGUAGAAUGGGUGCGGACCCAUUCAUUUUCAUUGGGGCCGGAAAAGAUGUGGACAUCACACAGUGUGCUGUCUGCAUCCUCAUUUCUGGUCCACGGCCCCGAACUUCCGGUCCACGACUCCGCAAAAAAAUAUAGCAUGUCCUAUUCUUGUCCGCAGCUGCGGACAAGAGUAGGAAUCCUCUAUUAUGUGCUGCGUCAAUACUACGGACGUCUCUCAAUGGGCCCUAAGUGUGUUGGUGGGAAAGACUGUUUAAAGGUACAGCCCAUGCAGCACACUAGUAAUGCCAAGUGCAGGUCCUGAAGGGACGGUGCAUGACCUAGGGCACCGCAUUAACCAAACGGACCCUCUGCACAGAACUGAUGCACUGUUAGAACUAGUGCAGGUCCUGAGCUGGCAGGGUGUUU